AUGGCGAAGGGCCUGGACGACUUGAUCGAGUUUCUGCUCGAGGAGAUUGCCGUCAGUGGAAGUCGAGGUGUUACUAUCCGUGAUGUUGCUCACUUCAUCUCUUCAUUCUACAACGACCUGGAAGAUAACUCACGACCCAAUGUCCCCGUUGAGCACAUUGAACCAAGCCCUCCGGUUACAGUUGAUUUCCCCCUACUUUCCAAGAUCUGGUCCUGGUUAGGUCGGCAUCCUGAUGUCUCUAUCGGUGAAGAUAGAAGGUACAACAAGACAUCGUUGACGGAGAUUGAGAUUCAAUUUCCGAAUUACAUCGACCUUGGUCUCAGUGGCAGGCAAAUACCCGCUGAGGACGGUGCCGACUCGGACGGGUCAGAGCAACCCGGCACAACACCAACGAAGCAACCAAGACUUCAGAAACCCCGUGCUACUAAGGGCCCACGGAUCUCUGUUAGCGAGACGCGAAUCUGGCAAGCGAUAUGCGGUCAUCCGCCAGACCUCAGCAAGGUUGUACCUCUUGAGUUCGAACUCUUGUCUCAUAUUGCGGCAGCAAGGUCAACUGGAAUUUUACAAGGAGACCUUGUGAGAGCAUCUGGCCAGGACAAACGCUCUGUACCUAAGCGGACGGACUCCCUACAAAGCAAAGGCUACAUCACAAAGGAAAUCGUUUUUCGCCACGGUACUCGGACAAGUCGACUGACGCUGAGAAAGUUCGCCCUACAAAAUGCAGCAGACGCUGAGCCGUUCCAUAAGCUCCAUAGCCUCCCACAACGUGGUUCAACUUUGCGAGAUGUCGUCCGCAGGAUUUUUGAUGUGCUGGAAGACCGCAAGCUUAUAUCUCAAACAAGUCUGGCAGAAGAACUGAGCCUGGGGUCUUCGGGGGAGUCCGCCAUCCUUUCCAAGAUCAUCCGUCGGCUCGAGAAGCUGAAGUGUAUCAAGAGAGUCCGAACUGCUGUCGGACCUUCUGCAACCUCUGAUGACCUACGACAUUUCGUUCAACUGGUGCGUCGUGCCGGCGCAGUGGACCUGGAUAAUUUCGACACAGAGAUAUUGUCUUUGAGCCAGACAGUUGAGGAGUUGGCAUCCACUUACGACCGCAAAGACCGCAACAAUAGUCCCCUCGAAGUUCCAGCCGCCGAGGAGGAAGAUGACGAGUCCGACGAAGCUGUCUAUAAACCUGCCAGGUGGAACCCUGACCGCUUAAUGCCUAAUGUUAUGGUUGAUGCCGUACGACUUGCGGGUCAAGAGGGUCUGACGAAUCUGAAUGCACGUAAAAUGAUUACUGGCGACUUUGUGCGCCGUCAGCUAGAGUCUCUGUUACUCCGACUUUCAUGCGAAUCACUCAUCAUGCAGCCGCAACAUUUGUGCCACUUGGCCAUCGUCCGGACCACCGUGAGACAGGAAGGGGUCACGCAGUAUGUCCAUUACUCGUGGGAUACCUUUCUACAAAAGGCUACAGACCACCAUCUCGACGUUUCCGAUAUCCCAGGUGCUGGUCAGAUGAUGAAGAGGCCUGCAGGCAAUGACGCUGGCUCCGAGGUCGACCACCAGAACUCCCUUCAUUUUGAUGUUGAUGAGUUCGGGUUUCCGGUGCAACCCCCUUUGGCUCUGCAGCUGCGCCACGGCCAGGCUACCUUUUUCGAGUUAAUAAAGGCAGCUGCCGCUGGAGAUGUCAAACAGCGCAAUGGGGAGCCUGCCAUUGUUAAGCACGGGAUGAAGAUGGCUCUUACAACACGCGACAAGUCGACAGCCGUGUCCAGCACGCCAAACUGGGUUCCUAACCGGUUGUCUCACCAGCCACAGCAGCCUACAGGACAACCGCUAAAACGCCGCAGAAAUUCAGGUGAUGAGAAGACAACAAUUGGCCGUCCUCGCAAAUACAUGCGGGGCACGGAAAAGUUCUGGCGGAUGCAAUUCAAGCAGGCAAGACUGGAUGCUGGCACGAGUUCUGACAGUCUUACAAAGGGAAUCGCCCAAAAUCCCUCGGCCGUUGCUUUACAUACCCGACGCCCAGCAGGUUUCGAUGAAGCACUAGUCCAGGCCCUGGAGGCCAGAUUGCCGAUCCCCAUGCAUCCGGAAGACAUCAACGAGGACUGGGUCCGUUCGACAAAAACCAUGAUAGAUCGUUCUUCAGAGGGCAUCUAUAUAUCUCCCAAAGGGUUUCGCUCCGACAACAGCCAGAAAGUAGCGCAGAUCAUGAUUGUAAAAACUCCGCGGCUGAAAUCACUCGACUUCAACGAGAGGGACGUCAUCCAUCCAUUUCGCUUCCUCUCUUCUAGCGCAUCCCAUAGCUUCCCGUUCCGAAGAUACUACCCCAAUCUCCCACCCUGGAGUCAAGCAGCGCCAGGUGCGCCAAAAUCAUCGAAGCGCCAGGCUAGAAGGGCACUCAGCAAGGUCGAACAGAAGGGGAAAACAGGCCCUAGAUUGGGCGUUUUCUAUGAAAGCCCGCGCCUGCAGGCGCCACAGGCUCCUGAACUUCCAAAGGCCGGCGAUGUUCAGCUACAGGUAAACGUGUCCAUGGACACUACCGACGAAGAAACCGGACCUCUCCGUGAAAGCACUUUGUUGCCUAGAGACUCAUCACCCGCAUCGAUGAAUGAGGUCGUCUCUCCCAAGGACGUGAGAAUUGGAAUUGUGCAGGCCGAAGGAGGUUCGCAACAGAGCAAUCAAGAACGAGACCGCAGCUCAGUGACACCGGUGGCUCCAAGCUCGAGGCCGACCACCACCGAAACCCCUCGUAUCAGACCUUCCAGAAAUCGGAGGUUAACCCGCAAAGCCAUCGAAUCUCGGAAUUCGGAUCAGCCCUACUCCCAGCUGCCUGAUAUCCUUUCUGAAGCUCCGAAAGUCCCAUUCGAUGUAUGUGCAGCAGACUCUGGAAUCCAAAAUGAGACAUCCCUUGAUCAAGAACCUGAAGCAUUCAGUGCAGAGGCAGUGUCACAUUCUAUAGACCACUCGCCCACAAAGGAGCGCUCCGCAGAUAUCCCAGACUCAGAUACACAGAAGACACAAACCCCUCACCAUGCACAGCAUCCCAUUCCCAGUGCCGCAGAAAGGGAUGUUGAUGCGAGUUCCAGCGUUGGCGAGACAGCAGUCACGAGAAUGCCUGCGGUCGAAAAUGACAUCACCGAGAAGCCAGCUACACUGGCUAUCUUAGAGGGAAUCUCCGAAGUUGCCACAACCAGAAGUCCCUCUGUGGCUGAGCGGGCGCAAGAGAGCCAUCAUGUCGCAGAAGAGAUGGACAAUGUGCAACAGAAAAGCUCCUUCCCAUCUGAGGCCGACACCAGACAACGAGUCUUAAAGGCAAGUAGAGCAAGAACUGAGUCUGUUGACACAGGCGACUCUGAAGAGGAACCACAGCCAAAGAACCGACAAAGUCAAGGAAAACAGCGCUAUUUCGACGGUGCCAAGGCACUCUUUCGGAGAAUAGUCCUUCAACUGAUUCAGGAGACAUCAGGGGUCGUGCCAAAUGAUCCGCCAACGCUCAAACGCAUCUCGUUACCUCGCUGGCAGGAGGCUGGAGGGCAAGGUCGACCCUUGCUUAAAACAAUCAAGACUGCAAUCAAAUCCUUGACCGAAUCUCGGAGACUAAAACAGGUCAUUUUCACAUUCCGAGCGAAGUCUGGGCUUAUGGUUAAGCGGUCAAUCAUCUUCCUGCCGCAUAUCGACCCUUUGUCUCAGGCGGUCGAAGACAUGAAACAGAAUAUUAUCAACGCAGAACCAACUGACUAUGUCCCGCCUGAGUGGCGGGUUGAAGGCUAUCGCAUUCCCCUCGUCAAUAAAAGGCUCCGAGCAGAACGCCUGAAGUCGAAGAGCGACGGCCCAGAAGACGACGCGCAUCGACGGCAGCUUGUAAUGCCAGAAACUCCGGCAACGGCUUUCCUCACGCUCAAAGUUCCAGCAUUGGGUUCACUUCCAGUUGUGCAUCUCCAUAAGUGGAGGGCAGAGUGUCCAGUAAGUGCUUUACGCUCCGAUACCUCCGAUGCGAAUCCGUGGAAAUCGAGCGCGUUCCGACCCGUACGGCGGCGCCGGAGAGUGGAACAACAAGCCACAAAGACAAAUGGACGUUCAAUCAUAUGGCGAAAUUUCCCAUCCUCAUUGGAAGAUAUCCUGCAGCUUCCUGCUCUCAAGUUGGACUACGAUGCCUUUCAAGCCGACGAUCCUGACUGGCAACGUUUUGCUUGUGAGGUCGAGGGGGUUCGCGCCUGGGAAGAACAAGAGCCCGAGGUGGCUCUGUCGAAGCGCUCUAAGUUCGCUUUCAUCAAUCAUUUGGUCCCAGGCGCCUUGUAUGCAGGGUCAGUCGUUCCCUUGUCUGUUGAAUUUAGUAAGAUUGUCAAGUUCGACAAAGAUGGAGUCGAGUUUGAGGUUGCAUAUCCUCCUGACAGAUCAUGGCCAGCAUUUGUGAACGCCCUAAAUGCACCUCCCAAUAUUACUUCCCGAAUCGCAGCGCUCGACGAGACAGAGUUGAUAUCGGCGCCACCUUCUUCCCCAAAGCGUCGCAUUCGGCGAUCCAACAGACCGUCCAAGCGCGUGCUGUCAGAAGAUGACCACGGCUUCGUCCGCCUACCGGCACCUAAACGCCGCAGGAAAACGGCACAGGGUCUAUACUCGGCACCAUCGAGACGGACUGGAAUACUAGCUCUGAGUGCUACACGCCAAAAGCUUCCUCGAGGUGCCAAGUGGCUGCAGACUAUGCCAGAGGAAAUGAUUUAUCGCAUUGCCAUUGCUGUCAUUGUUGUUCGGACUUUAGCUGGCGGUAUGCAAAGUUUUAUCAACUGGCAAAUUGUCAUGACGCUGUUUCCGGAGCAAAAAGAAGAAGUUAUCAAAGCUCGGUGGAACAUAUUAUCAACAAGAUACAGUUCCGACAUACAAAAUCUCACGGGUGACUUUCAGUCGAAAUACUUGGACGCGCUACAAGCGGGCGAGGUAGUGUCGGUCACCUUUGAUGACAUUGGAACCACAGAUUGGGACGCCAUUGUCGAGUGGGCUUUAAAGAGCCUCGACCAUUUCAACUUGAGGCGGAUUGCACACCUUCCAGCUGACCGAGAUGAUUUGCUGGAUCGCUAUACCGUGGAGUUUACCCAACCCAAAUACUCUCACAACCUCAUUUGGGGGAACAGCACGACCAAUGUCAAGGAAGAAGUUGCUAGGUCAGCUGUUUUCGCCACAUGCGCUGAUUCGACUAUGCAACCCGGUAUCCUUCGUUAUCAACAUGACUUCGAAGUUGAGAUGGCUGCGCCGGCCCUCCGCGUGGCCAAAUCAUGGGUACUCGCCACCAUUUUCACCCCAGAAUCAGUGUUCGAUGCGGCAUUGGCCCAGACCAAGCUCUCCUCCCUUGGCUCAGACCAGUUUGAAUGUGACGCACUCCUUUCACGUGUAUUGAAAUUGCUCCAAGACGAGAAGAUCAUACAACGGAAGCAGAGUCAUCAGCCACUGGAGCAAGGAUUGCGUGUGCGCACAUGGGAACCCCAUAGGAAGUUCUUUGAGCGAUUCGAGGAACGUUGUAUGGUCACUCCCGAAGGGCUGCGUCGUGCCGUCAAAUACAAAACAGAAAUUCUUGACCGGGGGUUUGCUGAGAGACAUAGUAUCGUGAUCGACAAAGAGGCAGUUGUACCUGACGGUGAGAUGUUGGCAGUAUUGAACUUGAUAGCGGCGGGACGGAUCAAGGUCCGACCAGGUGCGGACUUGCCCAAGACUCGCUACGGCCUGGAUCACGAGCGAAUAGGGUACCGAACCAAAAACCUGGACAAGAAGUUGCUAGGCUUCAGCAUUGAGAUCACGCCGACAACGGAGUAUUUGUUGGGAGGUCCUUUGUCGGGCGAAUUUGGAAUACGCCAGGUCCCCGUCCCACGGGGCCAGGCAGAUGAACCUAUGGGCUCAGUUCCAUUGUGGGUCGAUAUUCAUGGAAAUGUGCAGGUGUCACUUUGGCACAAGCUUCUUGUGGGUGUGCUCGGGUUUGUCUCACAAAUGCCGGGCGUGACUGCCUCACACAUCUCAAGGGCUUUUGGUUUUGUGCCUGAUGAAGUUGAGGUGGAGUUGAUCAUGCAGUGGUGUGCACAAUCUGGAUUCGCAAAGAUGGACCCUCGAACGAAGGGAUAUGAGACAUUGGAGUGGUGGUGGCUGUGUGUUGACGAGGCUGGCGCAUAA